GACAGCAGGACUCCGUCCCGCGACUUGUACGUGUCCGCCAUGCUGCUGAGCGCGGCCGGGGACGCUCUGGGCUACAGGAACCAGCUGUGGGAGUACUGCAAAUCCGGAGCCCAAAUCCACAGCCAGCUGAAGGAUCUGGGGGGGCUCCCGAACAUAACGGCGUCUCUGCCGGACUGGCCGGUCAGCGACGACACCGUGCUCCACCUGGCGACCGCCGAGAGCCUGGCCACAGAGAAGCUGGAUGAAGACUUGUACCGCGAGCUCGCUGAGAGAUACGUGUCCGCCAUGUCUGAUAUGGAGGGGAGGAAGCCCGGGCCCACGAGCAUUCUGGGAACCUCUCAGCUGCGCCCGGGGGAGCCUGGAGGGUAUCGCAUCCCAUUUAACCCCUCAGCAACCGGCUGUGGAGCAGCGAUGAGAGCCAUGUGUAUAGGACUCAGGUUUCCCCGACCAUCAGAACUGCCUCUCCUGGUCGCCGUCAGCGUGGAGAGCGGGAAAAUGACUCACAACCACCCCACAGGGUACCUCGGAUCUCUGGCAUCGGCCCUCUUCACAGCGCUGGCAGUACAGAGGGUCCCCCUGGAAUUAUGGGGGUUGCGGUUGCUGGAGGCUCUUCCUGUGGCUCUGGAGUACAUCCGCUCUACUGGGAGCGACGUGGAACGCCAUGUGGAAGUGUGGGAUUAUUUCCGGGAAAGCUGGGAGAGGUACCUGGCAGAGAGGGGUCUAUCCCGGGGCUCCGGAACGGCUGUGUUCCCUGCUCUGUACGGCCCUGAAGAGAGGGACAGGGAGUACGCUCGCUGGUGUCUGGAUGACUGGGCGGGGAGGAGUGGCCAUGAUGCUCCAAUGAUUGCGUAUGAUGCCCUGUUAGGAGCAGGAGACUCAUGGGAGGAGCUGUGCAGCCGUUCCAUGUUCCAUGGAGGUGACAGCGACUCCACGGGCGUGAUUGCCGGCUGCUGCUGGGGGGCUCUGUAUGGACUGUCAGGGGUGCCGAAGGGGAAUUACAGCGAGCUGGAGUACAGAGACAGACUGGAGAGUGCAGCUGGAUCGCUCCACAAGCUGGCCUGGCCCGGGCACUGACGGUGAAGGAGCCGCGUGGCCU